UAAACAGCCUCGAACAUGGCGAGAAGAAAAGGAAUAAGAAAAUCUCAGCCGAUAUCAUCAAUGAAAAUGACGAAGAGGUUAAAAAAGAAGAAACUAAUUGAUCCCUUCACUAAGAAAGAUUGGUACGAUGUUAAGGCACCAAGCAUGUUCGUUGUGCGACAGAUUGGGAAGACCUUGGUCACCAGAACUCAAGGAACCAGGAUUGCUUCUGAUGGCCUGAAGGGGCGAGUGUUUGAGGUCUCCUUGGCUGAUCUUCAGAAUGAUGAAGUAUCCUUCAGGAAGUUCAAACUGAUGGCUGAAGAAGUUCAGGGACGCAAUGUUCUGACCAACUUCCACGGCAUGGAUCUGACCCGUGACAAACUCUGCUCUAUGGUCAAGAAAUGGCAGACCAUGAUCCAGGCUCAUGUUGAUGUCAAGACCACUGAUGGUUACCUUCUUAGGAUGUUCUGUAUUGGUUUCACCAAGAAGAAGCAGUUUCAAGUGAAGAAAACUUGUUACGCUCAAAAUACAAAGAUCAAAACCAUCAGAAGAAAGAUGGUUGAUAUCAUCACUAAGGAAGUGACAUCAAAUGACAUGAAAGAAGUGGUCAACAAAUUAAUCCCAGACAGCAUUGGCAAGGACAUUGAAAAAGCCUGCGAAGGAAUUUAUCCACUACAUGAUGUCUUCAUCUGUAAAGUGAAAGUGCUGAAAAAACCCAAAUUUGACUUCAGAAAAUUAAUGGAAAUCCAUGGAGAGGGGUAUAGUGAAACCAAGAGCACUGUCACCUACUUUGGUGAAGCUGUAGCACGGCCCAUGGGGUACGAACCUCCUGUCCAACAAUCUGUAUAAACUGACAUUUUGGUGAAAAUUUGAUAUAUGUAGAUAUGUUAUACCCGUAGUUAAAUCUCAGAUCAUAUAUUCUGUAUUACGAUAAGAUUUGGGGUGUUUCCAUGGAUAUGGAAUCUGAAAAAUAUUUAGUACAUUCUAAAUGAAAACAAAUUUGUUGAACUGGAAAUUAGGCUACAUUGGACUUUCUUUGUGUAAAAAAUAGUUUUGAAUUAUCCCAAGGAAAAACUUUAAAGGAUACAAAUGAAAUAGAGAUAAAUUAACCUACUUGUCCUGUCUCAUGGGAUACUGAUAUCUAAGUUCUUUUUUUUAUGAAACCAUAUAAUAUUUUGUUUUGUAAAAUGUAUCUUGUCUGGCCAUCUAUCCAUGGAAUCUCCUGGUCUUGAAUCUUUAGACUAUACUGUGUUUACUCUUAUAAGGUGAGGUUUGCAGCUACAGGGAGAUAACUCAGAUUUUCAUUGUGACUGCAUUCACGAUAUCAUUUACUGGGGUUUCAUCAAUAUUCUUUGAAUACCAAUUUUCGUGGAUUUCGUUUUUCAGUUGAUCCACGAAAUUAAGUGUUCAUUGAAGUGCAAUUUCUUAUAACAUUUUGUAUUGAUAAGGCCACUGGCCACAAAUUCAUGUUUCCUUGAAACUGUGAUUUUCACUUUAUCCACGAAAAUUGAUACCCUUGAAUAUUAAUAAAACCACAGUAUCCUUCAAUAUUCAGAUACUGUAAAUUCCUAAUUAAACGCGAGGAAUUAAUAUCCGCGUAAAAUCGCGAGAAGCCCGUCUCGCGAAUUUUAAAAUCUCGCUUUUAAUUUUCAGACACAUGUAAACUACAUGAAACUAUGAUAAAAUUUCGGCAUUUGCGAUUUUAUGUUCUCGCGAUUUGAUGGAAAACCGUUGAAUCGCGGAAUUAAGUACUCGCGUAAAAUAAGGAAUCUACAGUA